GUUAUCGCAGGUUGUUAUCGCUUCGGCAGCGUAAAUAUUGCCGCCAAAAAUUUAGGAAAUUAAUUUGAUCCUAAUUAGAAGGAAAUAAUGCAGGCAUUUCUCAAAACCGGCAAAUCGUCAGCCUCCACAAAUCAGGAUAAGGCAACAGCUGCACCAGUAGAGCGCCGAAAGCCACCUGCGCCCUGGGUUGAGAAAUAUCGACCACGAAGUGUCGAAGAUGUCGUGGAGCAAUCCGAGGUGGUGGCCGUGCUUAAGAAAUGCGUAGAAGGCGCCGAUCUACCAAAUAUGCUGCUCUAUGGCCCACCCGGUACCGGCAAAACGAGCACAAUUCUUGCCGCUGGCCGACAGAUUUUUGGCGACAUGUAUCGGGAUCGGAUACUGGAACUCAAUGCAUCCGAUGAGCGUGGUAUUAAUGUGGUGCGAACUAAAAUCAAGAAUUUUGCCCAACUUUCCGCCAGCAAUGUCCGUCCCGAUGGGCGGCCAUGUCCACCAUUCAAGAUUAUCAUUCUGGACGAAGCCGACUCGAUGACACAUGCAGCCCAAGCUGCUUUGCGUCGCACCAUGGAGAAGGAGAGCCGAAGUACAAGAUUCUGUUUGAUUUGUAAUUACGUUUCGCGCAUUAUAGUGCCAAUUACUUCGCGUUGCACCAAAUUCCGCUUCAAAAGUUUGGGUGAGGAUCAGAUUAUUGAACGACUGAAACUCAUCUGCCAAGCCGAAGGUGUCCAGAUGGACGGUGAGGAAUCAUAUAAAUCGAUUGUGCGCAUCUCUGGCGGUGAUAUGCGACGUGCCAUAACCACUCUCCAGUCUUGCUAUCGCCUCAAGGGUCCGGAGCAUAUCAUCAAUACGCAAGAUUUGUUUGAAAUGUCUGGCAUAAUACCCGAUUACUAUCUGGAUGACUAUUUGGAAGUUUGCCGUUCAGGGAAUUAUAAACGUCUCGAGGAUUUCGUAAGGGAAAUCGGUUAUUCGGCCUACAGUGUCGGACAAAUGUUGGAGCAAUUUGUUGAGUUUAUUGUGCUGAAUGAGAACCUGACAGAUCCGCAAAAGGCCAGGAUUUGUGACAAGCUUGGCGAAUGUUGUUAUCGUCUCCAGGAUGGAGGCUCAGAAUAUCUGCAAAUAAUGGAUCUAGGCUGUGAGGCCAUAUUGGCUCUUAAAUAGAACACUAUCAUUCCUUCUUGCGUUAAAAAGUUGGAGAUAUUUAUUUAAAUUUCUGCUGUUUUUUUUUCCAUUUAUAAUAAACAAAAAAUGUCUCAUCUCAA